AAGCCAAUCACGGACGUCCGUCGACGGGCUGCUUAAGAGGCAGUCGCGCGCUUGCUUUCCCAAGAUGGCGGCGGGUAAGGAUGGUAGCGCCUCAGGAGAUGCGGUCGCAGGGAACGGGCGGCGGCUCCACUUAGGAAUUCCUGAGGCGGUGUUUGUGGAAGAUGUAGAUUUCUUCAUGAAACAGCCUGGAAAUGAGACUGCAGAUACAGUACUAAAGAAGCUGGAUGAACAGUACCAGAAGUAUAAGUUUAUGGAACUCAACCUUGCGCAAAAGAAAAGGAGGCUAAAAGGUCAGAUUCCUGAAAUUAAGCAGACUUUACAAAUUCUAAAAUACAUGCAGAAGAAAAAAGAGUCCACCAAUUCACUGGAGACCAGAUUCUUACUGGCAGAUAACCUAUAUUGCAAAGCUUCAGUUCCUCCUACCGAUAAAGUGUGUCUGUGGUUGGGGGCUAACGUAAUGCUGGAAUAUGAUAUUGAUGAAGCUCAGGCAUUGUUGGAAAAGAAUUUAUCGACUGCCACAAAAAAUCUUGAUUCUCUUGAGGAAGACCUUGACUUUCUUCGAGAUCAAUUUACUACAACAGAAGUUAAUAUGGCCAGGGUUUAUAAUUGGGAUGUAAAAAGAAGAAACAAAAAUGAUUCUGCCAAGAACAAGGCAUAAUGCAAUUAGAAUUGAGGUUCACUUUCCCAGUUUUUCCUUUUUUAACAGCAUGGAUGAUAAUUAAGACUUUAAAAAAAGAUAAACACCAUUUUAUUUAUUUAUAAAACAAAAUUAGUUUCAAAUAUUUUAUGAAGUUAGCAGUAAUUUUUGUUCUCAUUUCCAGCAAAGUAAAUGCUGCUUUCAUCAUUUGUUUUUUGCUUUUUUGGCAGUAAGAAAAAUCUUAGCAAAAGUGGCUGCAAACUGAGAGUUAUGCUAUGGCAGCUGCCUUCUGAGCACUUGAGCAGUUUCUUUUUCUUUAUUGGCUGAUGUUACUCUCACUUGGUUUGUUACCGUCAGUUUAGAAUUAGGAAAAACAGUUCAACUAUUUGCAAACUUCUUUUUUUAAAAUUUUUUAUUAAGAUAUGAUUGAUAUACACUCUUUUGAAGGUUUCACAUUGAAAACACAAUGUGGUUACUACGUUUACCCAUAUUAUCAAGUCCCCACCCAUGACCCAGUGCAGUCAUUGUCCAUCAGUGCAGCAAGUUGCCAGAGAUCACUAUGUCCCUUCUCUGUGCUACGCUGUUCUCCCCGUGAUCUCCCACACCAUGUGUACUAAACAUAAUACCCCUCAGUCCCCUUCACCCUCCCUUCCCACCCACCCUCCCCUUUGGUAACCACUAGUUCAUUCUUGGAGUCUCUGAGUCUGCUGCCAUUUUAUUCCUUCAGUUUGCAAACUUGUUUUUCUUUAGUACCUCGGGGUUUUGUGGUCCUCUCUUGCCAAUCUUUUAUGUAAAUUUAUGGAGUUUCAUGAAUUACUGCUUAGCCAACAGCCAUUAUAAUAUUCUGUGCUUUUCAGUAAAUGAUAAUUUGCCUUCCUAAACAGUCAGAGGGCUAUUGAUACAACACUUUCUUACCUGAUAUAAGUACACAGUGUCUUUGGAAUACCUGCAUGAGAGAGAUCUUGGCCAACGUGAAAUAAAAUUAUUUGGUAACUCAAAACUCUUGGCUAAUGAGAUUUUGUAUUUCUUAACAGUUCUCUGUGUGAUAAAUAUUCUGAUAAGGACACAAAUGUAUUAUUGCAUCUCCAUGUAGCAGAAAAUAUACUUGUACAAUGUUUUGUACUUGUAUUUCAUGAUAUUAAAAUGGUAAAGUUAAAACUGG